UCUAAAGAGUAGAGAGAGAGGUAACUUGUAUGAAGAUUCAAUUCCAUCAUAACGCGCGCAUGCCUGCAUAUUUAAAAAAGAACAUGGCGGUUCUGCUUCAGUUACAUUAUCGGUGGUUUAUACUUUGUUCCUUACGCUUUUUGCCGAGCAAACCUAAAUAUUCAGAGUUUGAGGAAGUGUACAUAGUAAAACAGAACUGCAAUACGAACGCUGAAGAAGAGCGUCCCUAACCUAUCCUAACCUAUAGAACUUGCGAAAGACGAGUCAAGCAUGUCACGUCGCGAUACUAAUAACGACAGUAUGAAUAAUCUGCUACAUGAGAAGAGUAUUGAUCUGGAAAACUGCAGGAAACUAGUUAAGUCGUAUAUCGACUUGCAUCUGUACAGUGCUGCUUUAUUUUGGGCUGACAAAGUAUUGUCACUGAGCAAUGAAGAUCCAAAGGAUGUGUGCACUUUGGCGCAUUGUAUGUAUCUUAUGAAACAGUAUCAUCGUGCUGCACAUCUUAUAAGGAGACAUGGUUUAGAAAAGACUGAUGUAAUGUGUUACUAUUUAACUGUGAGGAGCCUGUUAGAAGCUAAGGAAUAUAAUGAAGCACUUCAGGUUAUUAGUGAAUCUGAAAUAUGUACAAAUAUGACACAAUCAGGUAUUACCUUUACCGAUCGUAUGGAUAUUCUUCAGGAUGCUCCAAAGAAUGUUCAGAGUGCAAUAUUAUAUGUGAAAGGAAGAGUAUAUGAAGCUAUGGACAACAGAGCAGUAGCAACAGAAUUUUAUAAACAAGCCUUGCAAUGUGAUGUCUAUUCGUAUCAGGCAUUUGAAGCUUUGGUGCAAAAUCAAAUGCUCUCAGCUGCUGAAGAGAGGGAACUCCUGGAAUCGCUACCUUUUGCUGAACAAUGUACUGAGGGUGAAACAGAACUUUUGCGACUACUCUAUGAGAGUAAACUAAAGAAGUAUCAAGAACCAAACAAGAAACAAUCAUUAAUUACAUGUAGUGUAAUGGGAAUUUGCAUUACUGAUAGAUUAGCAGAUAAUUUGGAUAUGGAAGUCACAAAAGCUGAAAGAUUAUAUUACAAUUGUGAAUAUCAUCAAUGUUUCGCACUUACAGAAAAAAUCUUGAGGAAAGAUCCAUACCACAAUUCCUGCCUUCCGGUACACAUUGCCUGUUUAGUUGAACUAAAAAAGACUAAUGCUUUAUUUUAUCUGGCACAUAAAUUAGUUGACUUGUACCCAGAAAUGGCAUUGGCAUGGUUUGCAGUUGGAUGUUAUUAUUACAGCAUAGAUAAAAGCGACCAAGCAAGGAGAUAUCUGGCAAAGGCCACGGCGUUAGAUAGACUCUUUGGUCCUGCUUGGUUAGCAUAUGGACAUUCAUUUGCGGUAGAAAAUGAACACGAUCAAGCAAUGGCCGCUUAUUUCAAGGCGUCGCAACUAAUGAAAGGUUGCCAUUUGCCGCUUUUAUACAUUGGAUUAGAGUGCGGUUUGACAAAUAAUAUAAAAUUGGCCGACAAGUUCUUUCAGCAAGCUCAAGGAAUAGCGCCAAACGAUCCGUUUGUGAUACAUGAGAUGGGCGUCAUAUGUUUCUACAAUUUGGAUUACAAAAACGCGGAACGAUUAUUCAAGGAAGCAAUGAAGAGAAUCCAAGGCGAUCCCAAAGACGUACUCUUGCCUAGCAAAUGGGAAGCUCUAUUGAAUAAUUUAGGUCACACAUGUAGAAAGAUGAAGAAGUACGAGGAGGCGUUAGGGUAUCAUCAACAAGCAUUAGUUCUGGAUCCCCUAAAUCCGUCUACUUAUUCGGCGAUUGGAUAUAUUCAUGCGCUAACGGGUAACACCCAAGAGGCAGUGGACGCUUUUCAUCGAGCACUCGGUCUUAGAAGGGACGACACGUUCACCACGACUAUGUUGGGCUACGUGAUGGAACAAUUGAUCGAUGAGACACCGCCGUAUCCAGACGCACCCACGGAAAUACCAAAAUAUAAAUCUCCGAAUAACGAAGUUAGCCUGUCUGCAGAAAACUCCAGUAAUGUAGGCACCUCUGACGAUCAAAACAUCGAUAAAUUAAGGAUGAAUCUAUUUUCUGGGUGGGGAGAGAAUUCCAGCAAAGGAGAAAAUAAUACGUCAGAUAAGCUGGAACGUUCACAACAUGUCUCUCUCGUUAAUUACUCAACCAGCGACACUUCCGAGGUCGAAAUGUUAGACUCUUCGACCGCGCAUAUAGAGUAUAAUUAAAUGCGCUUCUUUACAGUCUGUUCAUUCGUCGUAAAACAAAGUAGUUUAAGUUUCGCUUGAAAUAUACACAGUUUCAGGCACAAAAUCGUCAAUGUAAAUAGUGUACAUACUUUUUGUACAUAUUCUAAUUUUUAUACACCUCAUAAAGCGACGGACUUACGACAAAAUUGUUAACAUUAUCGGUAAUUUAUCGACCUCUAACGAAGUAAGUGUAGUUUAAGAAAUAAAAAUGUAAAAAUAAAUUUAACCUACUCUACAAUUUACAAAUCGACCGAAAUAUUGAAUAUACGAAGAGUAAUCAGAA